AUGGUCGCGGCAAGCAAAAGGAUACGUGGAAUGAGAAUUGUCGCAGACUACCAAGGUUUUAUGACUGGUCAAAGUGGUUGUGGUCAAGCGCUUAUACGCAUUAACAUUCCACAUAAGUGUCAUAAGAUAAAAGACACGAAUGACGGAAAGAAAUUUGGUGACGCGCAUAAU